AACACAGAUUCUCCUCAGGGCACUUUGGACGAUAAUAAGGUAACACAAAGGAGGGGUCCAAAGAAUGUCAAAAUGGGCAGCGGCUAUUCUUCAUCUUUUUCACAAAGCAGCACCACUUGCUUAACACGCUAUUGUGCUACCGCUCCUUUUCAACUCCAAGAAUCACACUCAAACUCUUUAAAUUUCUGCUCACCCACUAGAUUCUUGGAACCCCGUCUUCACAAAUCUUCCAAAAUCUUAAUACCCAAAUCCCCAUUUUCAGUAUUCUUGCCAUUGAAGUGUGCUAAAAAAAUGCAGACCCAAGUGGAAGAUUCUGUGAAACCCAUUGUUGAUCCUCAUGAUAUUGACCCGAAAUUGCUGCAGAAACUUUCUUAUGAUGCACUUGUCUUUUGCUCUCUUCGUGGUCUUGUUGUUGGUGACAGGAAUUCAGAGAAGUCAGGAACUGUUCCUGGUGUUGGUAUGGUUCAUGCUCCAGUUGCUCUUUUACCAAUGUCAUUCCCUGAAAGUCAAUGGAAUCAAGCUUGUGAAGUUGCUCCUAUUUUUAAUGAGCUCGUCGAUCGUGUGAGUCAGGAUGGAGAAUUUUUGCAGCAAUCACUGUCUAGGACGAAAAAAGUUGAUCCUUUCACCUCCAGACUACUAGAAAUCCACUCCAAGAUGCUAAAAAUCAACAAGAAAGAGGAAAUACGCUUGGGGUUGCAUCGCUCAGACUAUAUGCUGGAUGAGCAAACUAAAUUACUUCUGCAAAUUGAGCUUAACACUAUUUCAUCAUCAUUUUCGGGACUAAGUUGUCUUGUCAGUGAGCUUCACAGGAGCUUGCUUCAUCAAUACAGAGAACGCAUUGCAUUAGAUCCUAGCAAAAUUCCCACAAACAAUUCCGUAAAUCAAUUUGCGGAAGCACUGGCUAAAGCUUGGAAUGAAUAUGGUGAUCCAAGGGCUGUAGUUAUGUUUGUGGUUCAAGCUGAAGAGCGCAACAUGUACGAUCAGCAUUGGCUUUCGGCGUCACUGAGAGAAAAACAUCAAGUUACAACUACCAGAAAGACGCUAGCGGAAAUUGAUGCACAUGGCGAGCUUCUAGAAGAUGGUACCCUCGUUGUAGAUGGUGAACCAGUGGCAGUCAUUUAUUUUAGAGCUGGCUAUGCACCAUGUGACUAUCACUCAGAAUCUGAGUGGAGAGCUAGGCUUCUGAUGGAGCAGUCACGUGCAGUCAAGUGCCCUUCCAUUUCUUAUCAUUUAGCUGGGACCAAGAAGAUUCAGCAAGAGCUUGCAAAACCCAAUGUACUAGAAAGGUUUCUUGAAAACAAAGAUGACAUUGCCAAACUACGAAAAUGCUUUGCAGGGUUGUGGAGUUUGGAUGAAUCCAACACAGUCAAGGAUGCAAUUGAGAGACCCGGCUUGUAUGUAAUGAAACCACAACGAGAAGGAGGAGGAAACAAUAUCUAUGGGGAAGAUGUGAAGGAAGCUCUUCUGAAACUGCAGAAGGAAGGCACUGGAAGUGAUGCGUUUAUACUAAUGCAGAGGAUUUUUCCAACCAUUUCUCACUCGAUACUAAUGCGAGAAGGCAUCCCUCAUAAAGAACAAACAAUAUCAGAACUUGGGAUAUAUGGAACUUAUUUAAGGAACAAAAAAGAAAUUCUGAUCAAUCAAGAGUCGGGUUACUUGAUGCGGACAAAAGUCUCUUCAUCAAAUGAGGGUGGGGUUGCUGCUGGUUUUGCGGUGUUGGACAGUAUAUACUUGGUUUGAUGAGAUUGGCUCUUGCAUUGUUACUUGGGUUGAAUGUGGAGGCUGCAUCAGUCUUUCCUACAUUACGUUAGAACAACAUGGUUUUAGCUUGUUCAACCUUCUUUGUUUUACGUUGUACUUUUCUUGUUUAAUCUUAAAUAAAUAGAGGUCCAUAUUUUUUCUGAAAGAAGUGGACACAAGAUAGACAGUAGAUCCAAAGUUCUUGAUUGUAAACACAAUUCAGUUCUCUUUGUUUAUGCAAGGGCUUUAAUUAUCUGCUACAAGCUGAUCACUGAAUUUGAACGUAUGAUCUGUUGCACAUUACUCAUGUUAUUUACAUUUGCUUGUAAUACCAUGCUUAAGCGAUAAAUUUAUGGGAGAAUCUGUAUUGAUUAAA